AGCAGCAGCGGAGCCGGGCCCGGCGGACGCGGAACCGGAAGCGUUGGCGAGUCUGUGGUCAUCGACUACGGCCGGCGGCGCACAACCUGCGGCUACUGCCGAUCCACCGGCCCAACGAGCAUCUCCCACGGUCUGUGGGCUACCAGUCUGAAUGCUCAUGACUAUCAAGCUCUUCUUGAUCGUGGAUGGAGAAGGUCUGGCAGUUUUCUUUACAAGCCUGAGAUGGAACGGACAUGCUGUCCCUCAUAUACUAUACGUUUGAAGGCAAGUGAUUUCACUUGUUCCAAAGAGCAAGACCGUGUGCUUAGAAGGAUGCAAAGGUUUCUUGAUGGAGAGCUUGAGCCACAGGUUGGAAGUCCACAGUGUAAGACCAACCCUAUAAAGCGUUCGCUCAACGAACCUAUGAAUUCACCAACCUUGAAAGUAUCUAGGGUAUCAACAUAUGAAUUUCGAACAGACAAAUGUCCAAGCUUGGACCAAAAAGAUGAGUUUAUCUGUUGCCUGUCUAGCAAAAUAAACGAGGCAAUAGACAUGUGCUUCCAAGGUGGAAUUGCAGGUUCUGAUGUUCAACUCCCUAAAGCUGUUGUGAAGACUGUUAAACCUCAAGUGAAAAAGAAAGUAGGAGAAGCAGCACAAGAAAAAAAAGGCGGAACAAUCCAAGAUUUAGUCUACACGUGUAAUAUAAGUUUCCAACUUGCUGCAACAAUAAGACGCGCAUUGCCUGAAGAAAAGCGUGCAGUACUAGGAGACCUCUCUCCAAAUUGUAUUGCAGAGAAGCUGGUGUCGGCAAUGACAGAAAAUGGAGAAAUAGCUGGUUUUUCAUUGAAAGCUUGUAACGGCCAUCUGAACUUCUAUUCUGCCACCAUUCAAGCAGUUCAGAACCAUAAUGGCAUUGGUGCAAGUACACAGGCUUCAGAUAACUCUUCCAGCUCAAAACAAGGCGCUGUAAACAAAAAUGAUGCAAGACAUAAUCAAAAAGCAAAAAGGUUGGAAUUUAGUAUGGCAAGAUCACAUUUUGACCCUGAGGAGUUUGCUUUGUACAAGAGAUAUCAGACAAAAGUGCACAAGGAGAAGACAGUUACAGAAAGCUCAUACAAGAGAUUUCUGGUAGAUACACCCAUUGUUUCCAUUCCCCCAGUGAGUGGUGAUAAUACAGUUCCGCCAUGCGGGUUUGGUUCAUUUCAUCAGCAGUAUAGAAUUGAUGGAAAACUUGUGGCAGUUGGUGUAGUUGAUAUCCUUCCUAAAUGUCUCUCAAGCAAAUACUUAUUCUGGGAUCCUGACCUUGCUUUCCUAUCUCUUGGAAAGUAUACAGCUCUGAGGGAAAUAGAUUGGGUAAAGACAGCACAAGAAAGCUGCCCCAGCCUCCAGUACUACUAUCUUGGUUAUUACAUACAUUCCUGCAAUAAGAUGAGAUACAAGGCUGCAUAUCGACCAUCAGAACUUCUAUGUCCUGUCCGUUAUGAGUGGGUACACUAUGAUGCUGCCAAACCCUUACUAGAUAAGAGUCUGUAUUCUGUUCUAUCUGAUUUCUCCACAGCACAAGAUGAAAUGCCCCAGGCACAUGCUUCUGUUCCUCGUGAUGAACCUUCAGCAAAAAAUGACCACAGUGAGAUUCCCAUUGACGAGGAUGAUGAAGACUCGGACUAUGACGAGUCGGACAUGAUGGUUGAUGAGGAGAUGGUUCAUUCGGAAUCCAGUGCUGAUACAACUGAGGAUUGUUCCAACAUAGAUGGUAUAGAAAAUGUUACCAUGGACCUGAGCGGUUCCCGAGUUAAAUAUAAGGAACUUCAAAGCGUGGUCGGGCCAAUCGAGAGGAGGCACCUGAGUGAGCUAGAAAGGCAGCUAAGCAGAUAUGCCAAGGUUGUUGGGAAGGAGCUGUCUGAUCGUCUGGUUUAUUCCCUUAGCUGAAGAAGAAGCAAUUACGAGGGGCAAUCCAACCAACCCUGCUUCCAGUUCCAGAUGUGUGUAUCUGAAUUAAAUUACUCGGAGUAUUUUUGAGCAAGUAGCUCACCGGUCUCUGCUGUGAAAAGCAGACGGCACUCGAAAUGGAUGCUGACAGGACACAUUGUCUGGUCGAAUCUGUGCUGUGAUGUUGUCAUCAUGAAUGUUUCUCUUUUGGUUCCUGUGGCAAUUGCCUGGUCGAAUUUGUGCUACAUCAAAACAAGCAAUUUGAUGUACUGAUAAAACCUCAGAACUGAAAAGCCCAUAAAGGUCUCUCCUCUUGCCCUCCCA